GUGGCCUCACCAGCCAAUGAGGAUCCAGUCCGGAACUAUCCCAACUCACAUGUUCUAAACAAGAAGCAUGGGUCACGGAGGAAAGAUAAAUCGACCGAAAACUGAGUUGGGCAGGAAGCUGUUCAAGAGGCGAAGAACUCUGACCAGGGAGAAGAGGAAGAGGCACGUGGUAGUGGGAGCAGUGGUGGAUAAAGGCCUCACCACUAUCCACCACCUGAAGAAAAGAAUUUCAAGCCCAAGAGCAAACAUCACCUUGUCUGGGAAAAAGAAACGCAAGCUUCUCAAACAACUUCAACACAUGGCGCAGGAGAAGACUGUCAUGGAUGUGGAAGUGGCUCCAAAGAGAAAGCCUGCAGCAGCCAAGAAACAGACACUUACUCCAGCGCCUGCCACGGCCACAGUAAAGGAUGUUGAAAUGGCAGCAACAGAAUGACUGAAGGAUCACUCAAUCUACCCUGUAGAUUCCUGGCCCAAUAGCAUGGAUUCUAAGUCAAUGGACACUGUUUUCUCUGAAAGAAGAUGUGAUGAAUGUUGAAUUGUGAAUAAUCUCGUUUGAGCAAAUGGUCGGAGGGGGAGCAGUUAACUUUUGCAUUUCUGUCAGGAGGUCUGCAUAUUCCCGUGCUUUUGAUGCUACAGUAAGUCAAGUACAUGUCAACUGUUAAUAUUCUGUAAUAAAAUGCAAAUAGAAUA